CGCUCUGUUUUUCUUCCCGAUUCAGGCUGACUGUAGUCCUGCUCACUGCGGAACCGAACCGAACCGAACCGCGCGGACUCCAUUGCUCCUGACCUGUGUGUGAGUGUGUGUGAGUUAGAAGAUGGAGGUCCGGUUCCUCCCGGUGAUCUUCUAUCUCCUGAUGGAGUCAGUAACCGAGGGAGUGAAACCGACAGCAGAUGAUCUGUUGGUAGUCACUGCUGCGACUGAUGAAACAGACGGAUUUAAGAGGUUUAUGAGAACUGCACAAGAAUUCAACUACACUGUAAAGGUGCUGGGUUUGGGUGAAGAGUGGAAAGGAGGUGAUGUUGCUAAAACUGUUGGAGGAGGUCAGAAGGUUCGCUGGCUGAAGAUGGAAAUGGAGAAAUAUAAAGAUAAUCAGGACAGGAUUAUUCUCUUUGUGGACAGUUAUGACGUCAUCCUGGCGAGCGGUCCUGACGAGCUGCUGAAGAAGUUCUCUCGCUUUAACCACCGCGUGGUUUUCUCUGCUGAGGGAUUCUGCUGGCCGGAUCAGCGCCUGGCGCCCAAAUACCCUGCGGUCCACACCGGCAAGCGCUACCUCAACUCCGGAGGUUUUAUUGGCUAUGCACCAGAGCUCUAUGCUAUAGUUCAACAGUGGAACCACAAAGAUAACGAUGACGACCAGCUGUUCUACACGCGCAUCUACCUGGACAAGGAGCAGAGGACGAAGUUAAACAUGACGUUGGAUCACAAGGCACGAAUUUUCCAGAAUCUUAAUGGGGCUGUUGAGGAAGUUGUUUUGAAGUUUGAGAAAGCUCGAGUAAGAGCUCGAAAUGUUGCUUAUGACACACUUCCUGUUGUUAUCCACGGCAACGGCCCGACUAAGCUCCAGUUGAACUAUCUGGGGAACUACGUGCCGACGGCGUGGACAUACGAGCGCGGGUGCGGUGUGUGUGAUGACGAUCUGCUGUAUUUAAACGACGUGCCGGAUGACGAGAUGCCGCGGGUCCUCAUCGCCGUGUUUAUCGAGCAGGCCACGCCCUUCAUCCAGGAGCUCCUGCAGCGUCUCACCACCAUCAACUACCCACACACACGCCUGAGACUGUUCAUACACAACAACGUGGUGUAUCAUGAGCAGCAUGUGCAGCAGUUCUGGAAUCAGUAUCGCUCUCUGUUCCCCAGCGCUCUUAUUGUUGGACCUGAAGAGAACCUACGGCACGACCAGGCCAGAACCAUGGCAGUGGAGAUGUGUAAGAGUGAUCCUGCCUGUGAUUACUACUUCAGUAUGGACAGCGAUAUGGCUUUGAUCAACCCAGACACACUGCGCAUCCUGAUCGAGGAGAACAAGGCGGUGAUCGCCCCCAUGCUGACCCGACCCGGUAAACUCUGGUCUAAUUUUUGGGGAGCUCUGAGUCCUGAAGGGUUUUACUCUCGCUCUGAGGAUUACAUCGACAUCGUCCAGGCGAAAAGAGUUGGGGUGUGGAACGUUCCCUACAUCACUCAGGUGUAUCUGAUUCGAGGUGACGUCCUUCGUACUCGUCUCUCUCAGGUGUCUCUCUAUCAGGAGGACGGGUUGGACCCAGACAUGGUGUUCUGCAGGGCAGUUCGGGACCAGGGUGUGUUCAUGUUUGUGAGCAAUAGGGAUGAGUUCGGCCGACUGAUCGCCACCAACAACUAUAACAUCAGCAGACUGCAUCCAGACAUGUGGCAGAUCUUUGACAACCCCAUGGACUGGAAGGAGAAGUAUAUCCAUGAGGAUUACUUUAAGAUCUUUGAGGAUGGUGAAGGUCUGGUGGAGCAGCCAUGCCCAGAUGUUUACUGGUUUCCUGCGUUUUCAGACAAGAUGUGUGACGACCUGGUUGAGACCAUGGAGCACUUUGGCCAGUGGUCAGGGGGGAAUCAUCAGGACACCAGGUUAACAGGUGGUUAUGAAAACGUUCCCACAGUCGAUAUUCACAUGAACCAGAUUCAGUUUGAGAAAGAGUGGCUCAAGUUCCUGAAAGAUUACAUCGUUCCUGUAAAUGAGAAAUUUUUCCCAGGGUAUUAUGCAAAGGGUAAAGCUAUAAUGAACUUUGUGGUUCGUUAUCGUCCUGAUGAACAGCCUUCACUCCGCCCACAUCACGACUCUUCAACCUUCACAAUCAACAUCGCUCUAAACAGCAAAGGGAAAGACUUCGAAGGAGGCGGCUCCAGGUUCCUCCGUUAUGACUGCAGAGUAGAGUCUCCCAGAAAGGGCUGGUCUUUAAUGCACCCGGGACGUUUAACACACUACCAUGAGGGUCUGCCCACAACCAAAGGCACUCGAUACAUCAUGGUCUCCUUUGUAGACCCCUAACACUGUGUGUGUGUGUGUGUGUGUGUGUGUGUGUGUGUGUGUGUUCACUGUGACUAAAAGACAGAAGUGUCUUUCCUGGUAUGUCGACGCUGUUUGUAAACUCAUUUUAUAACCUUAUUAAAAACUUUCUUUUCUAUUUUAUAGCAACAUUUUUACCUCUUGUGACCUUUUACUUUUAGUUAUACAACGACAUUUUUUUUUUUUUUACAUUUGAAUAGUUUUUGUAAAACAUAGUGCUAUCAGCUUUGUACAAAAUACUUUAAAUUAUUUGAUCCUGUACAUGAUGAAUAAAAGCUGAGACACUGAACUGAGCGCUCUCUUUAUUUUUAUUUUAAAUAAAGAGAAACUCGUCUGUCACAAA